CCCGCCAGAAGGAGAGCUGGGGCGCGCCGGCAAGCACAGGCCCCGGGAGCCGAGACAAGCCCAGAGCAGUCUGAGUCCGCACCCCGGUCCCGGCGAGACCCGAGCCGGUCGCGGCUUGCUAGGAUUCCGGGCGUCGUUCUCCCGCCGCUUCGCUUUGCGAAGAGGGCGCCCUCGCCGUCUGCCCAGCUCCGAGAGCGCUCGGGUCCGCUGGGGGCCGCGCUUCCCGGGCGGCAGCAGCAGGGCACCCAGGGCGCGCCCGGCCUCUGAGCGCCCCAGGAGGUGAGCAGUGACCGCGGGCUGCCGGCGCGUGCUCAUCAGGGACCUGCUAGGGCGGGGGUCGUCUGAGUCCGAGGGGAACGGCGCGACUCCGUUAGGCACCUACUCCGGGGCGGCCAGCGCGACGACGAGCGGCGGUGGCCGUGAGCGAGGCGGCUCUUCGACGGGGCUCCUGCAGGGUGCGACCCCCGGGCGCGCCCGCCGUGCGAUGAUGAGGGUGCGGCCGCAGGUCUGCGAAGCGUUGCUCUUCGCCUUGGCACUCCAGACCGGCGUGUGCUAUGGUAUCAAGUGGCUGGCGCUGUCCAAGACGCCAGCAGCCCUGGCGCUGAACCAGACGCAGCACUGCAAGCAGCUGGAGGGCCUGGUGUCCGCGCAGGUGCAGCUGUGCCGCAGCAACCUGGAGCUCAUGCGCACCAUCGUGCACGCCGCCCGCGAGGUCAUGAAGGCCUGCCGCAGGGCCUUCGCGGACAUGCGCUGGAACUGCUCCUCCAUCGAGCUGGCCCCCAACUACCUGCUUGACCUGGAGAGAGGGACCCGGGAGUCCGCCUUCGUGUAUGCGCUGUCGGCAGCUGCCAUCAGCCACGCCAUCGCCCGGGCCUGCACCUCCGGCGACCUGCCCGGCUGCUCCUGCGGCCCUGUCCCAGGUGAGCCACCCGGGCCCGGGAACCGCUGGGGAGGAUGUGCGGACAACCUCAGCUACGGGCUCCUCAUGGGAGCCAAGUUUUCCGAUGCUCCUAUGAAGGUGAAAAAAACAGGAUCCCAAGCCAAUAAACUGAUGCGUCUACACAACAGUGAAGUGGGGAGACAGGCUUUGCGCGCCUCUCUGGAAAUGAAGUGUAAGUGCCACGGGGUAUCUGGCUCCUGCUCCAUCCGCACCUGCUGGAAGGGGCUACAGGAGCUUCGGGAUGUGGCAGCUGACCUCAAGACCCGCUACCUGUCGGCCACCAAAGUAGUGCACCGACCCAUGGGCACCCGCAAACACCUGGUACCCAAGGACCUGGACAUCCGGCCUGUGAAGGACUCAGAGCUCGUUUAUUUGCAGAGCUCACCUGACUUCUGCAUGAAGAAUGAGAAGGUGGGCUCCCACGGGACGCAAGACAGGCAAUGCAACAAGACAUCCCAUGGCAGUGACAGCUGCGACCUCAUGUGCUGUGGACGUGGCUACAACCCCUACACAGACCGUGUGGUAGAGCGGUGCCACUGCAAGUACCACUGGUGCUGCUAUGUCACCUGCCGCAGGUGUGAGCGCACGGUGGAGCGCUAUGUCUGCAAGUGAGGCCUGCCUGCCCCUGUGGGAGCUCCUGGGGACCCUCAGAGGCCGGCCAAGGGGCCUGGAGACACCUUGUGGAUUUUUGCUUGUGAAUUCCAGAUGCCAGGCAUGGGUGGAGGCUUGUGCUUCCACUUGGAAGCCACCAGGAACAGAAGGAGGGCCGGGACAUCAAAGGAAACUGACAAGAUUAAAAAUAACCUGGCAGCCCGAGGCCCUGGAGUGCCCACUUGCUGCCUUCCAGGCUGGUCUAAGAAGCCCGGGGCAUGGGUUUGGCAAGACUGACGUGGGCUUGACCUUUCAAGCCAGAGACACCAGACUCCCGGGAAGGAAGGGGGGGUCUGCCUGCCCUCAUCAGAGUGUUCUGCAGGCCCAGUCUUCGCGACCCCCGGCCCUCCCCAGGGUCGAGCCUGCUGGGCCCACCACAUGGAACCACUAGCUUGGGUUGUAAAUGUUUUGUUGUUUUGUUUUUUUUCUUCCUCUGGGAUGUGGGAGCUACAGAAAUAUUUAUAAAACAUAGCUUUUCCUUUGGGGUGGCUUGCCUCAAUUCCUCUUUAUAUAUUUUAUAUAUAUAAAUAUAUAUAUAUAUAAUGAUCUAUAUUUUAAACAAGCUUUUUAAACAGCUGUAUGAAAUAAAUGCUGAGAGAACCCCAGCCCGCCCCUGCAGUCUCUGGCCUCCCCCCAGUGCGCUCAGAAGGUCGCGGGGCUGGCGGGGGCUCUCGGGUUUCCAGGCAA